CCCGAAAUCAGUAGAAGCCGCCGUGAUGGACUUGUCAACUCAGGAAGAGGAGCUAUCAUUGACAACGACGGGAUCUUCCUCGACGUCAGAAAUCGUCCAAGUAUCUUUAGGACAGUUACCAGCGCAAAGUGAAGCCCUAGAGUCGUCAGAAGAUUGGACCGGCUUGACGUCAAGCAAGGAGCGGAGGAAACUUCAAAAUCGACUGAACCAAAGAGCACGCCGUAGAAGAAUGAAGCAGGAAGUGUUUCGUCAGAUGAGUCAACUAGAGGGAGUGAUCAACGAGACCAUAGCAGAAGCAGAAUCAGCUGGUCGUUUGCAAAACGGUACCACCGGAGAUGAAGGCUACUCGCUUCUGCCAUGCCCCAAAAGGAGGAGCGAAUUGAUGAUCCUCGCACAGGAGGCACGAAGAAAUUAUGCCCUCGGAACUCCGGCCCCUCGACAGCUAAGCGCCCUCGUCAAGCUCAACCUGCUCACUGCGCUCUGGCGGAAUACGCAGAUAUUGGGCUUCAACGUACACUCCAUCUGUGAGGAUGAGUUCAUUUCUCCAUACAAUCUCCAAGGCCCAGACCUUCCCUGCUAUUCUCGACAAGAGCUCUCGUGGCCUCCAUAUUUACGUCCAACGGAAGCGCAGAAAAAGAUUACACAUCACCCCUUUCUUGACGUCUUCCCGUUCCCAUCGCUGAGAGAAGCCGGAAUUCGGGCCGAAGAGCUCGGGUUCUUUGACGAAGACGACUUUUGUCUCGACAUUUUCCAUCUCGAUGACAAAAAGGACGGCGUCGAGCGACCGCGUAUGAUAGUCUGGGGCGAGUCUUGGGAUCCCCGCGGGUGGGAAGUCAACGUCGCGUUUCUGCGAAAAUGGGGCUGGAUGGUUCGAGGCUGCCCGGAGUUGUUAGAAGGCACAAAUUACUGGCGUGAGAAAAGAGGCGAGAAGAAAUUGAACUUCAAUCUUAACCCGUGA